GUUUCCAACUCAUCCAGGCUGCACCGUAUCUAUCUAUCUACAAUCUAUCCAGCACAUCCAUCAAUUGAUUCACCACAAUGCAGGUUCUUCUCCUAGGCGGCCAUGGUAAAGUGGCUCUGCACCUGACCCCGCUUCUGCUCGCCCGCUCCUGGAACGUCACCAGCGUCAUCCGCAACGCAGAGCACGAAAAUGAGAUCGUUGCCCUGGGCAAAGGCACCAGAGGCAAACUGAACGUCCUCCUCUCCAGCUUGGACGAUGUCAAGAGCGACGCCGAUGCCAAGAAGAUCCUAGACAGCGUUUCCCCGGACUAUGUAGUGUGGUCGGCAGGCGCUGGCGGGAAAGGCGGUCCCGAACGUACCUUUGCUAUCGACGAACGCGCCGCCAAACACUUCCUCUCUGCCUCGUUUGCCCACCCCACCGUGACCAAAUUCCUCCUCGUCUCCUGGCUCGGUAGUCGGCGAGUCCAGCCUACCUGGAUCGCCGAUGACGAGUGGAGCGGACUGCAAAACGUCUUCUACAACGUCCUACCUGCAUACGCCAAAGCCAAGCUCGAAGCAGACGAGUACAUGACUGCGCUGGCAGCGCAGCGCAAAAAGCUUGUUGCUGCGGGCGCCGCGCGGCCCCUGCAAGCCAUCAAUCUGCGACCGGGGACAUUGACUGAUACAUCGGCGACGCGCAAGGUGGACCUAGGCAAGACCAAAAAGGGCAUGGGUAAGGUGACUCGGGAGGACGUGGCAAUUGUCGCGGAUCAGCUGCUCGCCCGGGAUGACACAGAUGGCUGGUAUGAUCUACUAGAGGGCGAGGAGCCUGUCGAUCAGGCCGUUGAACGGGUGGCCCGGGAGAAGAUCGAUGCGGUGGAUGGUGAAAACGUCGAAGGCAUGGUGAAGCGAUUUGGUUUGUGAGAACAGACUUGACAGAUCUAGUGGUAAUUAUGUAGACUGUCUAUCCUACGAUGCCGUUGAUAGUUGGCCCAACACUGUUCAACGGGUAAGUGUACUUGGGACCGUACCUAGUUGCAAUAAAUGGAUUUCAU